AUGUUUCCAUUGUCGCCGCGACAACGCCUGCAUUCCUCUCUUCUCUCCUUCUUCACCACCGACCCAGGUCCCGCUUUGCCUCAUUCUACACGCUCUGCUCGUCUCACCAAACCCACUACAGCUUUAAACUCACAUUCCGACGCGAUGUGUGGCAUCUUUGGUUACUGCAACUACCUCAGGGAGAAGCGCCGUGAAGAAGUCCUUGAAGUCCUUGUCGCAGGACUCGCCCGUGAAGAGUACCGCGGAUAUGAUUCGGCUGGUCUCAGCGUUGAUGGGGACAAACCUGGCGAGGUCAUCUACUUCAAGGAAGUGGGCAAGGUUGCUGGCCUUCGCAAGAAGAUCGCAGCCAGCUCGGUCGACAUGAACAAGACAUUCAUCUCGCAGGUCUCCAUCGCUCACACUCGAUGGGCUACUCAUGGUGCCCCUUCCGAGCGCAAUUGCCAUCCCGUCCGCUCUGAUGACAAGAACGAGUUUUGCCUCGUUCACAACGGUAUCGUCACCAACAACGCAGAACUUCGACUGGUCCUCCAGAAGCGUGGAUUCGUAUUCGAAACCGACACAGACACUGAAGCGGUCGCCAAGCUUACCAAGUACAUUUGGGACUCGCAACCAGCCAAUAAACGCCUCACCUUCACUGAACUCAUCAAGGCCGUUCUCAAGGAACUCGAGGGAUCAUUUGCAUUCGUCUUUAAAUCGACGCAUUUCCCGAACGAGAUCGUUACUGCUCGUCGUGGUUCACCGCUUCUCAUUGGUGUCAAGACCGAUAAGAAAUUAAAGGUCGACUUCGUAGAUGUCGAGUUCGCUGGUCAGGAGAACGAGGGCAAGGUCGAAGCUAUCCCCACCUCCCCAGCUUCUCUUCUUGUGCCGCCAACGAGCUCCAAGGUCAUGCGCACUCAAUCGCGCGCCUUUAUGUCUGAGGAUGGCCUUCCCCAACCCAUCGAGUUCUACAUUGCUUCUGAUGCUGCCGCCGUCGUCGAGCACACUAAGCGUGUUCUCUAUCUCGAAGAUGACGACAUCGCUCACAUUGCCGAAGGCGAACUCCACAUCCACCGUCUCCGUCGUAAGGAAGAUGGUGACCAAACCCCUGGUCAAAUCGCCUCAACCCGUACCAUCGAGACUCUGGAGCUCGAAAUCGCUGCGCUUAUGAAGGGCAAAUUCGACACUUUCAUGCAAAAGGAAAUCUACGAGCAACCGGAAUCUGUGGUUAACACGAUGCGUGGCCGAGUCAACUUCGACUCCAACAAAAUUACCCUGGGAGGGCUCAGGGCAUAUCUUCCUAUCAUGCGUCGUUGCCGUCGUAUGGUUUUCAUUGCAUGUGGAACGAGUUAUCACUCGUGCCUGGCAACACGGGCUAUCUUUGAGGAGUUGACGGAAAUUCCAGUGAGCGUUGAGCUUGCCAGCGACUUUUUGGACCGCAAAACACCCAUUUUCCGUGAUGAUGUCUGCAUCUUCCUCAGCCAAAGUGGUGAAACUGCUGAUACGAUCUUGGCUCUUCGCUAUUCCCUUGAACGCGGCGCCCUCUGUGUUGGUGUCGUCAACACCGUCGGCUCGACCCUUUCGCGCGAGACCCAUUGCGGGGUCCAUAUUAACGCCGGUCCUGAAGUAGGUGUUGCCUCAACAAAGGCAUAUACCUCGCAAUACAUUGCCCUUCUGCUUAUGGCUCUUCAACUGUCCGAAGAUCGCAUUUCAUUCUCCGAGCGUCGCAACCAAAUCAUCGAGGGUCUUCAUGCACUUCCUGCGCAAAUCAAGACAGUGCUUGAACAAGACGAGCAGCUCCAGCAACUUGCAACUACGAUGGCGAACAACAAGAGUUUGUUGCUCAUGGGACGUGGCUAUCAACAUGCGACAUGCCUCGAAGGUGCCCUCAAGAUCAAGGAAAUCAGCUACAUGCAUUCUGAGGGUAUUCUUGCUGGUGAACUUAAGCAUGGCCCUCUCGCACUCGUCGACGAAAAUAUGCCUGUUAUCAUCAUCAUGACCCAGGACUCCUUAUACCCCAAAGUCCAGUCUGCGUUUGCCCAGAUCACUGCCCGCAAAGCACAACCCAUCAUUCUCUGCAACACGGGCGACGAGAGCAUCUCAAAAGACGCCAAAACGAUCCGGGUGCCCAAGACCAUCGACUGUUUGCAGGGCUUGCUCAACAUUAUCCCCUUGCAGCUGUUGAGCUACCAUUUGGCGGUGAAGAACGGCUGUGAUGUCGACUUCCCGCGAAACUUGGCGAAGAGUGUCACUGUAGAGUAA